AGUGUGCAGCGAGCUACCCGAGGGACAGGAGUGUACUUACUCUCUGGCCGACGAGGACUAAAGUGCUGUGGGGGUUCUGUGUCACGCGGUGUCUUUUUUUUUUAAACUGUGUGUUUUGUUGGAGAGGGUUGGUGUGACUGGUUAACGGUUGGAUAUUGUUGGUACGUGUUUCUUAUCCUCGCCCAUAAGGCCUUUACGAUGGUGCUGAGAGAUAAGACUCAGCCGAAACUUUGCUUCGACAACCCCCUGUACAAUACGGACGGGGCUGCGAGGCCGAGCAGCGAGCUGAAGCACGACCCGAAGGGCCCUCCGGCGGGCGCCGUGGCGGAGCACCGAGCCGUCUCGGCCCUCAAGAGCAACAGCUCCCUCCGAUCCUGGAACGAGGACCUGCGCCGCGAGUUCUCUGCCAGCGCCCCCGGGCACCGCGGGAGCUGCCGCUCGACGAUGACGGUGACUCCGGGCACGCCAGACAGCGACUUCGAGGAGCACAUCAUCGAGAACAUCAGGAACCGCGACUUCUGGUCGAGGCGCUCGCACAACAACUCCAUCGCGCGCAAGAGGGCAUCGGCGCUUGUCGGCAGCGUCCCCGCGCGCGCCUCCACGCCCUUCGACUUCCCGUCUGUCGACAAGGCGGAGGCCGUGGUCGCCGUGCCCUCCGAGGCGGAGGAGGAGGAGGUCGAGCCCAUCACGUCGGAAUGGACGCAGGAGGCCCUCAGAGAGAGGGAGCUCCGGGAGAACAUCACGUGGCUCAGGAACAACCUGACGGAGGUCUCGAAGGCAGACGGAGGCAAGUUCUCCCUGUCGCUCUUCCUCACGACCAUGAAGAACAAGGAACUACUACGAAGACUAUUCUCGCUGUGGGACAUAUCAGGAGACGGAGUGCUUUUGCAAGAAGAGUGGGUCGAUCAUCUCAAGUGUUCAAGCAGAGAGGCGGGGGCACGAGAGUGGGCGGAGCUUCUGGAAGUCUUGGCCUACGUAGUGUGUGGCGAGGACGGCGAGGUCACCGAGGACCUCUUUACUACUAUUCUCACGUCCAGGGGGGUGUUGGAGAAACUCUUUCGUCUCAUCAACAGAGAUGGAGAUGGACUUGUAAGUCGACAAGAAAUCAUGGACUUUAUCGCCAACCUCACUUACGCUCGUCCCCGGACGGGCUUCACGCGCGAGAACCUGGAGUGGCUCGAGCAGCUGUUCCGCCAGGCUUUGGGGCACAAGCAGGAGCUCUCCUUCGAUGACUUCAAGAAGAUCGUCCAUUCGCGGAACUCGUUCUUCGCCGAGCGGGUGUUCCAGAUUUUCGACCGAGAUAACAGCGGCACCGUCUCCCUGUCGGAAUUCCUCGACGCUAUGCACCAGUUCGCCGGGAAAUCGCCUAAUGACAAGAUCAAGUUCCUCUUCAAAGUGUAUGAUUUGGACGGGGACGGGCUGAUCCAGCAAAGCGAGCUGCAGAAGGUCAUGAAGGCGUGCAUGGAGGAGAAUGGCAUGAAGUUCAGCGACGAGCAGAUCGAGGACCUGACCCUGGCGCUGUUCGAGGACGCCGACACGCAGAGGACGGGCGCCAUCACCUACGAGUCCCUGAAGGCGCAGCUGGAGAAACACGACGGCCUGCUGGAGAACCUGUCGAUCAGCAUCGACCGCUGGCUUGUCCCCCCCAACAUCCGGACGGAGAAGGAGUCGAUAUGGAAACGCGUGGCCAAGCUGAGGCCUUAUCAGCUGACGUUGCCUUAUCUGAAGAACAAUUACGUCUACCUGAUCUUCCUCCUGGUGUACAUAGCCAUCAACUUGGGUCUGUUCAUCUCCCGCGCCAUCGAAUACAGAAAGCAAAAUUGGUACACGAUCUUCGCCAGAGCCUGUGGUCAGUGUCUGAACUUCAACUGCAUGUUCGUCCUGGUGCUGAUGUUGCGACAGUGUAUCACGUAUCUGAGGUCACUGGGAGCUUCUGCCUUUUUGCCGCUGGACCAGCAUCUCUAUCUGCAUAAACUGUGCGGUUGGCUCAUCUUCAUCUUCUCCUUGGUACACACGCUGAUGCAUCUACUCAACUUUUCGCUGGUUGUCGCGCCGGCCUCAGAGUACACUUUGGCAGAGUGGUUGUUCACGAUGGAACCGGAGAUGUUUGGGUUGCUGGAGGGCAUAGCCAACCCCACCGGCAUCGCCCUCAUGAUCAUACUGACCCUCAUGGUGAUCUGCUCGCUGCCCUUCGUCCGCAAGUCUGGGUACUUUGAGGUGUUCUACUGGACUCACCUGCUGUACGUGGCUUUCUGGAUCCUCACAAUCCUCCACGGACCCAACUUUUGGAAAUGGUUCGUAGCUCCAGGGAUCAUCUUCGUUAUCGAGAGAGUCCACCGUACGUUCAGGCUACGUACAGGCCAUGGCAAGACGUAUAUUAGCUCGGGUGUUCUGCUGCCGUCUAAGGUGAUCCAUUUGGUAAUCAAGCGACCCGGAGGUUUCCAGUUCCAUCCCGGAGACUACGUGUUUGUCAACAUCCCUGCCAUUGCUAAGUACGAGUGGCAUCCCUUCACCAUAUCUUCGGCACCAGAGCAAGGAGACGCCGUUUGGUUACACAUCCGCGCCGUUGGAGAAUGGACUAACAGGCUCUACGGAUACUUUGAACGCGAACAGCUGAGGUGCGAGAGACAGAGGUGCGAGAUCCAGGGGCAAACAUCCUCUGUGUCUGUGUUCAUGGCUGACGGCGAGAAUGUGGAGGUGAGGAUGCAUCCGAGCAGUGAAUUGCAUUCACACGAUAAUUCCAGUAAGCUUGCAAUUACGAACGAAGUUGCUUCUACAGAAGGCGCGUCCUGCAGCAACGAGCAGACGGUCGAGAAUGGCUACACCAACGAGGGAUUCGAACAUGACACCAACGGGAACGCGGUGGACCAAGAGGCAGCCGCGGCUCCCCCGAAGAACUACAAGCUCCUGGCGAACCACAAGAACCAGUCGGCGCCCAGCCUGGUUCACAACAACGUCAACGGGAAGAAAAUGCUCAUGAAGUCGCAGUCGGUUCCUGAUUUCGACAGGAAGGUUGAGAGGAGGAAGAAGAAUCACAUAAUGCUGAACAAUUUCCGUCCAAAGUCUGACCAGAAGUUCAACCAAAGCACUUUGAGUAAAGCUCUGCAGGCGACUCUAGAUGGUGACGUCCAAAUGCCAUCGAGAAGAGAGCUUGCAAAGAGCUUUAGGUACAUGAGACGAAAACCGAAGAUCAUCACACUGGACCUGCCUUCGGAAUCCGAGGGUGAGGAGGAGGAGGAGGAGGCCCUGGCGGAGACCGUCGGGAAGGAGACCGUGCUUGCAGUCGAGGAGGGCAGAAAGAGCUACGCCGUGAGCCAGGAGGAGCAGCGCCAGAGGAGGAAAUCGAGGCAGGAGGAGAGGCGAGUGAGGAAGAAGAGUAGGAUGGAGGAGGUGAUUGCCGAGGGAGGAUGCGCCGUCGGGAAGCCUCUGGUGAUUUACGUCGACGGCCCUUUUGGCGCGCCUUCAAGCCACAUCUUCCGAGCUCAACAUGCAGUGCUGAUUGGUACAGGCAUUGGGGUCACGCCCUUUGCCUCUAUCCUGCAGUCUAUCAUGCACAAGUACUGGAAGGCUCGUCACAUAUGCCCCAGUUGCAGUUAUUCAUGGACUAACGAUGUGCCUGAUAGUGUUAUGAAUCUUCGAAAGGUGGACUUCUUCUGGAUCAACCGAGACCAGCGUUCAUUCGAGUGGUUCGUGAACCUGCUGUCUCAGUUAGAGAUCGAACAGGCUGAACAAGGUGGCGUGAUGGAGAGAUUCUUGGAUAUGCACAUGUACAUCACUUCAGCCCUUCAGAAGACCGACAUGAAGGCCGUGGGACUUCAGUUGGCUCUGGAUUUACUGCACGAAAAGGAAAAACGAGAUCUCAUCACGGGUUUGAAGACACGUACAAAUGCUGGAAGACCAAAUUGGGAUAAAGUCUUCAAACAGUUGCUAAACCAACAGAAGGGAAAAAUCACCGUGUUUUACUGUGGACCGCCAGCGCUUGCCCGUACUCUACGCUAUAAGUGUGAUGAAUAUGGAUUCGAUUUCCGCAAAGAGAUCUUCUAAGAGGAAGUUAUACUCGCCAAAAGGAUCUUCUUUGAAAAUAUACCCGAUAAGAGGAUCUAAGAGAAUUACCUGACUAAAAAAAAGAAGAGAAAAAGGAUCUGUGCAAGCUACCAGGACAAGAAAUAAUGAAAGUGAUAUUCCCGAAGAGAUAAGGAGAAAAAAAUAUUCCAUCAAAGAAAUAUCGUCAGAAGCAGAUCUAUAAAAAAGAAAGAAAAAAAUUGAAGAUGUGGAGAUCGUUUUUUUUUUCUUUUGAGGGUCUUUUCAGUUUUUAGAUAUGUUUUUUAAUUUGUAUUUUAUAGUAACAAGUUUCCUUUGCAAUGUAUCUGGGAAGAGUGGUAUGUAAACAUUAUUUUUUUCCUGCCAAUACUGGACAGUAACAUGAUAUCACGAAUACAUAAGAAACGAACUUCAAAACGUAAUUUAGAAUUCAUUGGCGAUUUGAUUUUAAAAAAAUGAAAGUUGAAAUUACCUGAAAGUAUAUCAGGACAAACCGUGUUAAUGAUCCUUUUUGUCUAUUUUAUCAGUUUGUUGAUCUGCUUCAUAUGCAUUUAAUGUCAGUUUUAUAAAUAUCUCAAUUUUCAAUCUAUUUAACUAUUUGUGACCUUCCUAUAGCUGAAUGACUUCCUAUGUAUGUUUUUUUUCCCCGCAUUGUAACAUACAUUUUACAUAAUACGCAGUGCAAUGCUUCUAGGUUAUAUACUCGAGUUUAUUCUCACACUGUAGAUUCUACAUGUGUUUUUCCCAUUGACUUUGCUUGACUGUGAUUACCUAAUGAUGAUGUAGUUUUUAAUGCCACUUUGAAUGGAUUCUGUUGCUAAAUUUCAUAUCGAGCCAGAUAGUUCCUUGAUCUAUUGUAUUUCAAAUUCUUUGCAAAUUUUGAAAGAGUAGUUUAAGUGUGUGUGUGUGUGUGUGUGUGUGUGUGUGUGUGUGUGUGUGUGUGUGUGUGUGUUUAUAAGCUUGUGUUUUUUGACUGAUUUAUUUUAUAUAAAUUCCUUGUGGGAGCUCUUUUUAAAUUAGCUUCAAAUGACCAACGA